ACUGGAUCGGAGCUGCGAGGGAAGCAGGAGGAAUUGGUGUGCUAGGGCGGAGGGGAAACGGAUCAUCUUUAGCAAUUGCAGUAACCGCUUGCUCUACGUAUAACUCUCAGUUAGAAGGCGCUAAACGCUGCUCGGGGGGGCGGGAGCGAAACAAUCGGAGACCUUGAAGUACCCUUUAAGCAUCCUGAAAUUUCCAGGGAAUGAAUUUGUAAUACCUGCAGGAUGUGAAAUUCUGGUAUACUUCUUGUCUUCUGCCCCACAGCUUGAAGCAGCAAUCCAGUUCAUCUCCUAUGCCCCUAUGAGAAUCUUGGACUCUUUUCCUCAAAAGCCCAGAAUGGCAGUGGACGUAGCCAUGCAACUCUACCUGCGAGGGCCCUCUUUGCGGAAAGAGAGCUUUGCCUACAAAAUAGCCCCAAAGAUCAAGGCACCUUUGCGACCCUGCAUCCAUGUAAACAGCAGCCCAGAGCUGAACAAGCUGGGGUCAGAGGUCCAAGCUCUGCAGGGGAACAGAGCGAAGAAAAGGGUUUCUUUUGCGGACAGCAGGGGCUUGGCUCUGACAGUGGUGAAAGUCUUCUCAGAAUUUGAUGACCCCUUGGAUAUUCCCUUGAACAUCACAGAACUAAUAGACAAUAUCGUGGGCCUGACCACGGUGGAUCACGAUGACUUUGUCUUGGAUUUCGUACAGCCUUCUGCAGAUUACUUGGACUUCCGGAAUCGCCUCCAGGCAGAUUGUGUUUGUCUUGAGAACUGCAUGUUGAAAGAUAAAGCUAUUAUGGGUACGGUGAAAGUCAGGAAUCUGGCAUUUGAGAAGGCUGUCAAGAUUCGGAUGACCUUUGAUACUUGGAAAACCUUCACGGAUCACCCAUGCCAAUACGUGAAGGACACCUAUGCCAGUUCCGAUAAGGAUACCUUCUCCUUCGAUAUUAGCUUGCCAGAGCGGGUUCAAGCCCAUGAAAGAAUCGAAUUUGCAGUGUGUUAUGAAUGUGAUGGCAAAGUCUACUGGGAUAGCAACAAGGGAUUGAAUUACAGGAUCAUACGCUCUGAACUCAAAUCGGCUCGAGAGAUUUCACAGCCUUGUAGUGAGCCAGAUUUUGGGAUUGCCUUUGAUCAGUUUGGAAGCCCCCGGUGUUCUUAUGGUUUAUUUCCUGAAUGGCCUAGCUAUUCCGGAUAUGAAAAACUUGGUCCUUAUUAUUAAAUCAGAGACUCGGGGUUAUAUUUACUGCACAAGAAUGAAGAGACACAGAUAGAAAACCCUCUUGGGAGGUGGUUGCAGAGUCAGAGUAGGCAAAAGAACUGCAGUUUGUACUUACAGAAUGGAAACAAAGAGAAAUGUGAAAACUCCUGGCUGCAAAGGUUUUUAGGGCAGAAGCUCUCUUCGUGUUUCCUUUGAAUUUAAACAAAAGGAGAUGGUCUCCUGUGAGAUGGCUGCCACAGAUCGAAUUCAGCACUUGGUGCUGUUGUUUGGGCAAUUUGGUUUGUGUUUAUCCUUUGAGAUACAUUACAGUAUUGGUAGCUGUGCAGAAUAGAUCCCCCCUUCCUUUUUCCUUUCUGUAUUCUGGAAUCAAACUUGCUGUGCACCUCUCUGAUAAAACCAACUCUCUGAGAAGAAACAAGAUGCAGGGAUGAGCUAAACAGUUUUCCCACUCCUCUCUUAAUCAGAUUGUACAAUCUGUGAGAGGCUAAGAGUCCCAAAUGAAAAGACUAUAAUUUUAGCUCAGAUGAUCCUUUGCUUCCUUCCAUUUUAGGAAUUGCCUUGUGUAUGGGAAGAUUCCAGAAUGCUUACUCACCAUUCUGCCUGUAUCUCUUUUCCUAAACACAUAUGAAGAUUUAUUUCAGUGGCUGAGCCAGACGAGCCUAUGUGGCCUAGUCACAUAAUCCACCCUUAACCGACCUGGUGCCCUCAGGAUGUGCUAGACUUUAGUUCAAUCUCCAGGCGGGACAGUCAGUGGCCUGGAGAAGGCUGAUGUAGCAUUUUAGCUUCCACAAUAAGUAAUUAUUUUAUUUAGGUGAUUUUAUUUAUCUCCCUCCUCCCUUCUUUAUUAGGUGGUGGUAGACUGUUAAGAAUAAAAUUGUUUUUAAGUCUUAACUCCUCAUGACACCAUCUUAUUUACAUUUAAUUUUGUUCAGGCCUGUGGGCUUAGUCAUCUGGGCGAAGAACAUUUUAAAAUUUCAUUUUAUUUCAAGAAUUUUGUAAAAUGCCUAUAAAUUGAAUGUUACUGACAUAAAUAAGAUAUGUCAAAUAAUGGAUACCCACUCAGUCCAGCUGUCUGUUGUCUUCCUCAACACUUCUGCUCAGUAAUAGGAGCAUUUUAACUUGGUGGUACAACAGACAUUUUGAAUUCAGACGCAAGAAUGCUUGAUCUCUCUAGGGAUAUUAAUACUUGGUUUCAGGCUUUUCUCCCUAGGCUGGACUAGAACCAAUUUAAAAAUCAAUUGUUUAUUACAGCAUAAAGAGGGUGGGCUACAGUCAAUUAAAAAGCACAGAAAACACAUCAAAGUCUAAAAAGAAAUAUUAUACGAAGCUGAAAGACAUAAAACAGAAAGUAUAUGCGUAAAAACCAAAAGCCUGAAGGGAAACUGAGAGAAAUUUUAGGAGCAUUAGAGGUGCAGGGGAGCUUAGAGAUUAGUCUAUAGCAGACUAAAUUUAUCACAGUACAGAGGACUAUAGAAUGAUGAAGUGUUUGCUCAUUAAGGCUGCUUUACGGCAGAGGUCAUCAUCUGAUGGAUUUUAAGCACGGCUACACAGAACCUGGCAACAGAUGUUUUAGCAGAGUUAAUAUCUGAAAGAAGUAGGAAGAAGUAGAAUUGUCCUGUAGAAUUCUGGGUAUUUAUGCAAUGAUGGCAAGAUGAGCCUAAUGUGAAUGUCUUCGUAGUACAGACACUGGAGGAGUAUUGUUUCUGUGUGUCCAGAGUCAAAGGGACAUGGUCUCUCUGAGUAGGGGAUUUUCUGGUGUUGGCCUUCAACAGCAGUUUAAGUGAUGGCAGGACAGUGUUGCAAAAUGAAUUAAACAAACGUUCAAGAAUCCAGGAGCUUUAUUAUAGAAAAGUUAAAAGCCAGUAUGAAUGAAUUCCAGUGACUACUGUGUGUCAAACAUGAGUCCUUUCUUUAAUGAAAUCAGUAUUCAAAUUCUUGUCAGUUUCUCCUGAUUGAACUAUGCAAUGGGCUAGAUUUCCCUUUCUUUUGACAGAUAUCCUGGUCUUUUCUUUGUUAAUGGGCAUAUGUAGUAUGAGAUGAAAUAUCAAUUUCCUAUGUUCCUGAACUCUGGCAAAGUUGAGAGGGAAAGAAUAGUUAUCCAAAAAAUGGUAUAUCGUUCCCUGCAUGCAGAGCAAAACAAUCAAAAAUGUUCCUUCAUCUCCAUAAAUUUAUCACUAAUUCUUGUCCAAAAUGUUUUCCCCUAUUGGUAGAUACAGUAGUAACUACAGGUAAUAGCCAAGUUUUAUCAUUUACUGGGGCCAAUCCUUCUCUGGUUCUUGUUUAACACUAAAGAAAGCCAUUUAGACUUUCCACCUUGGAUUAUAAAUCCAACUGACUAGAAAGUUAACCCUUUUCAGUGCUUGUUUGUAGUGUCUAUAACAAAAUGGUGAAAUUACUUGAAAACUCAACGAUAUACAUACUAGAGUUUCAUAACUCAACCUUCAAGCAAAUCAGUUGUUCUGGUUCCAUUCAAUGGUGGUGACUGAAUAAGUAGCUCGAUAAAUAGUUUUUCUGGGUGUGAAGUAGAACUGAGGAUUUUAGAUUUAGUAUCUAAUGUCCAAAUGAAGUUCUUAUGUUCCCUGUUCUGUCUGAAAAAAAAACCUUGAUUUGGAAAGGAGUUUGUGCAGUCUCCUAUGCAAUUUUGGAAAAGCAGCAGUGACCAAGCUUGAUUACUUAGCAUGACGCAAGAGCCUUGCCCUGGAAUGUUAGCUUGUGGUUAAAAAUGGGGAAAGUCUGUCAACAUGCUACAGCUUGUUACUUAAGAAAUAUGCAUAUCCUGCAUUUUCUUAACUCUUAUAAUGAGUCCUGUCAUUUUAUUUGCAUGCCUUCAGCUUGAAUUAAGAGUUGGCACGGGAACUGUUAGAAGCUGGGUAUUAGAAACUUCAGUGCUAAUACCCGAUUGGUCUUAGAUAUUGCUGCUUUAAAAAUUAAAAAUUAAGAAAAAAACCCUAGGAGGACGGUGUGAUCAGCAGUUGCAAGCCUGUUAUGAUAAAGAUGGACUUCCCCUACAUGCCAUGGGUCUCUCUUCCCAUUGCCAUUUGAAAAGUGAGAGCAUGGCUUCUUUUGCAAUGGGGUUUAUUAUGAGGAAAAGGAUUUUGGGGCUGAGCCACUCCGAUGGGGUAACUAAUACUUUCUGUGAAGGGAAACUGAAUCCUCUGGUUGGUUAUAUGCCAGAAAAAAAAUCAUUUAUUUUUUUAAUUCCCCAAGAAACAACCAGUAAUAAAAUGCACACAUUAACUGCUGCUUUAACUUAAAUAGCAAGAUUUUCAAAACCGUUUUGAAUGAAGCCACUGAACACAGCAGUACAUACGUUCAAAAGAAAUAUGUAUCAUAACCUUUCUCUUCCUGAAGAUCUCCAGAUGCUACAGGAGAUGAUGGCAUGAGAAGCAGGAAAAUGUGUACAUUUGUAGUUAGAGAGUAGAAAAUUAGUUUAAAUUACAAGUUUGGGAUUGCAAGUGGGAAGGUUACUAUAGACUACAAAAAUGUUUUAACCUUUGUGUAUAGUCAAGAAAUAAUCCCUCAAGGUCAUGUGCAAAAUCCAUUCCUUCAUGCAAUUCCUCAAUAAAAUUGCAAAUCAGCUGUUCA